UACUGUUGUGUGCGUUUGUUGUGAACUCGUGUGUGAAAUAAUAGCACUUAUCAUGUAUUCAGCAGUUUAGAAGACGGUAUAACACUUUGGUAGUUGAGAAGAUCACUGUGAGAGUGUCGGUUGCUUUCUGCUACGAUCGUGAGUUCUUUAAAUCGUUGGUAAAACGACUGGAAAAGUCUUCGUAAUUUUCCAGCUGUUCUGUUCAGGAGCUCAGUUCAAGGAUUCAAGAUGACAGCAAGGUCGUGACCCUGGAUGACCCAGUGACCUUGGCGGCUGCAGCGCUAUGUUCAUCACCAUCUGCUACCUGUAUCUCGGCUGGGCGAUACGUCGCCGCGAGCUACGCGACGACAUGGCGUGGCUGCAGCUCGUGCAGCGCCACCUGGCAAGAGGCAGCGUCGUAUUCAGGAGUCAGACCCUGCAGCAGGCGGUCAGUCGAUCCUCGUUCCUUGGAGCAGACGUUGAUGGCCGUGCAUCCGAGCAAACAUUGGUGAGACAGGGAUCGAGGUCGGUGCUGCUCCUCACACCCGAGCAACAAGUUAACAUCGACACGUGGACGCUGUUUUUGGAUCGUGAUCUACCCGUCAGAGUUCCCGUGUCGCGACACAAGACGCUCGUACUUGUGGAGGCUCGCCAGCGCCCCCUGGUGGCAGAUAGAGUGACAGCCAGUGUGGGAACGAAGCAGGGCAAGAUGUUGAAGUUAAGUGACAGUGCCGCGCCGCUCGCGUGGCAGGGUGGCGACCCCUAUGGGCUGCUGAUCGAACUAAGCAUCUCCGAGCUGUCAUCUCUUGGCCAGGCCUUCAUGCGGGGAUGCCUGAUGUUGGAGGAGGAGCUCGAAGUCGUCAGAAUGAUGUCUGUAUCGUUCACGGGUCAACCUCAGCAGCUGCUUCACGACUCCCAGCUCUGCUCUGCGCCAGCGAGUCGUCGUCUGCACCUCUGCCGCCGCACUGCCGAGACGACGAUGGCGCCGCCCUCUGCGCCACCUACGUUGCCCAGAAAGUCCGCCGCGGCGAGGGACUCAGCGUCACUCGCCCCGCAUCCGCGUCACGGCCGCCGCUCCACUGCCGGCGCGAGGUCGCCCCGCGCCGCGGAUCCAGCGACCCCCGACCCCUGGAGCCUCCCGAGGGUCGCGUCGGUCGCGCGCAAGGUCUCGCAGAUCCUCGCCGACUUCCGGCGUCGCACGAGCGGCGACGAGGUGAACGGCGGCGCCCCCUCGCGGCCCGUGUCCGCGCACGACUCGGAGACGAUGCACCAGGGCACCGAUAGUUCGCGCUACUGCGCGCCGAACUCGUCUAUGUACUUUGUCGACUCGGAGCUGGACUUUGCCAUCGCCUGGGGGCGCCACACGGACUCGGACUCGGAUCGGGGCGACGGCACGCCGCGCUUCCAACUCAGCUCUGCGCCGAGCAGCCGCGCGAGCCUCGUGACGGCGGCGCCCUCUCGUGGCAUCUCCGAGACGAACCUCGCGACGCUCAUCUCGCGCAAGCUGGAGCCGCCUCUGCCGCCGGCGUCCGACGAACCGACGGGCCACCAGGGGGAACCGGCGGAUGACGGGGAGUUUGCGUUGCGCGACCAGUGA